AUGAAUCAAGCUGAAAUCCGAGCCCAGAAGCAACGCAAGCAAAAUGAGCGCCGGCUUUCAGUUCAACGCAACAACGCAUAUUUCUCGAUUCGGUCGCAGAGUGACAGCGAAAGCGCAAAGCCCAAUCCAUCGAACACCCUCAAACCUCCUCAAGAUUCAAGUCAGCGGACUUGCCCUCGAAACUUACCAUCGACGACUUCGAUGUCUUGGAGUGAAGAGUGCGCUCCACCUCGGCCGUAUCACAUUUCACGCCCAACGCUUACAUCAAAUUCGGUAACCGAUAACAUAUCCCCAAAUAUAGAUGCAACAACAACUAGCACAGUGACAUCUUUUACUACCUCAAUCGCGCCAAUAACAACAAACACACCGGUACAUGCCGGCUGCACAGCGAUGUCGACAGCUGAACAAGUAAAAAUUGACUUGAAUUUAAGCACUUACACUGGCAACAAAGGUAAAGCGCAAGAAAAGUUGAAAAACGAAACAACUAAAAAUGCGGCCAUACAUACUGGAAUGAACCGCUAUGUUACAAUAAAAAGAAAAUUUAGUCCGCAAAAUUCAACGGGCAGUCUACAAAUUGUAAUUAAAGGUAUUGAACCAAGCGUUGAAGCUGUGGAAGCUUUGGAAGCACUUAAGGGACAAGGCUUCAAUUCAAAAGCUGCUGUGAAUAUUUUUAAUAGGAACAAAAUCCCUCAACCUAUGUUUAAGGUUGAGCUCGAGCCUGAAAACAAACCACUGGGCAAAAACGAUGUGCAUCCAAUUUAUAAAUUAAAAUAUCGAAGCUAUGAUAGCGUCGAUGCAACAAAACAUGAUGAAUUUCAUGACUUUUAUGCAAAACACAAUGCAAAACUCAAUGCACAAACUGAUAAUGACCUCACAAACUAG